AUACGUUACAUUUAUUGAUUAAAAUUCGAGCACAAAUGUUUACCUUCAGUUCCUUCUAUAUUCUAAGGAUAAAUCUCCUUCAAUUCUGUGUCCCCAGAUAAAUUUGCUUUUAGCUAUUUUGUUCCAUUGUCAACUUUAUUUCAAAUGAAUUAAAUUCAUCGAUCAGUGAAACUUUCAGGAGGGAGGAUAAUAUAUUCAUUUUCUUUCGACGAUUCAAAACUUCUUUAUUUAAAACUUGUACCGUACAUUGUUUACGAAGGUCAACAAUUGAGAAUUUCUAUCGUAAGAAAUAUAUAUAUGUAAUUAGUUUUCCAUUCUUUAUUUUUUAUAAAUAUGGGUGUCGAAAAAUUUCAAGAGCACUUGAAAUCUCAUAAGAAUCAACCAUUCUUCGAGAAGAUCUACUAUUGAAACCUGCUAUACAAUAUUUUAACAGGCCUUUAGAUGAUGUUGCUGCUUCUGGUUAUCUUACUAAUAUUGAUCAUAAUAGGCCAUCUUCUGACUACAUUGGUACCAGCUUAUUACUAUUGGAAAAUAAGAGGAGUUCCUCAUGUUAGCCUUCUGACCGUACUGAAGAGAAUGAUAAUGAAGGACAAACCUUACUUCGACUUGGUGAUAAGCGAUCAUAAUAAAUUUGCUGGGAAAAGAUAUUAUGGAAGCUACAUGUCUGUGAUGCCUGCCCUCUUCAUUAGGGACCUCGAUCUUAUCAAGAAGAUACUCAUCAAAGACUUUGAACACUUCACAAACCGAUUAGACAUCCUAAACGCAUCCUCUGAUCCCAUCUUCAGGAACAACUUACUGGUAGCUAAAGGAAAAAAGUGGAAAGCUCUGAGAUCCACCAUCAGUCCCGUAUUCACAACAGCAAAGAUGAAAGCUAUGUAUGUCUUGAUAGCCGAGGAGGCUAAAAAAUUCGUUGUAUACUAUAACAGUAUGAACCAAGACGAGAUCGAAGUGGAGAUGAAGGAGAUGUACUCCAAGUUUACCAACGAUGUCAUAGCCUCCUGUUCCUUUGGAGUCCAAAUUGAUUCGCUGAAAGACCCUAAGAAUGAUAUGUUUCUUGCUGGGAAGGUUAUAACCCAGACAACGCCUUUCAAUGUUGCCUGGAUCUUAAUAUCUAUGUUAUUUCCGAAAUUGCUCAAAUAUUUGAAAGUGAACAUUUUUCCAACGCAAAUCACACAAUACUUCAAGAAUAUGAUAUCAGCCACCAUUAGAUCCAGAGAAGAAGGUAAAAUAACCAGACCAGAUCUCAUUCAACUAUUGGUAGAAGCCAAGAAAGGAAAAUUAAAACGAGAAAACACACCUCAAGCUGAAGAAACAGGUUUUGCAACUGUCAGGGAGAGCACAGAUCUUCAGGUAGACUCAUCGCUGGAGAUAACAGAUGAAAUUAUAGUAGCCCAAGCCAUCAUUUUCUUCCUGGCAGGGUUUGAAGCUUCUUCUUCACUCCUAAGUUGUCUUUCUUAUGAAUUGGCCUUGAAUCCGAGAAUUCAACAGAAACUUAUUGAAGAAAUAGAUGAGCAUUUGGCUUCUUCGGACAUCAUUACUUACGAAAUGAUCACGAAGAUGAAGUAUUUAGAUCAGGUUGUAUCUGAGGCUCUUAGAAAGUGGCCAACGGCUUUUUUACAGUUAAGAAUUUGUACUAAGGAUUACGUCAUAGAGCCAGAAGAAGAACUGGAGGUUCCGUUGAAAGUUUCGAAGGGUUCCCUGGUAGUAAUACCUAUCAUUGGUACCCAUUAUGAUGAAAGGUACUUUGAAAAUCCUGAUGCUUUUAUUCCUGAAAGAUUCAGUGAUGGAGAGAAUAUUGUGCCACAAUCUUUCGCACCAUUUGGUAUUGGACCCAGGAAUUGCGUUGGUUCUAGAUUUGCUCUGUUAGAGAUCAAAUGUAUACUGGCAAAUAUUUUGAGUAAGUUCGAAAUGCAAAUCACAAAGAAAACUAAUAUACCUUUUAAGAAGCUCAAUACAAUUCCCUUUGCCAUUGAUGGAGGUAUCACGUUGGCACUCAAAAAAAGGAAGAAUACUAGUCUAUGAGAAAAUGUAAAUGGUUUUGACAUUGGAAUGAGAAAGAAAUGAAUAUAAUUGAAUCAAAUUUAGUUGAUAAUUCUCAUCACACAAUUUUUUUUUUACUAUUUAUCUAAUGCCAAUUAAUAAUUCAAAUAUUAAUUGCAUAUUUAUAUGAAAAAUUUAAUAAAUAAAAAUACAGAG